CAUCAGUCAAUUCUUUGUCGUUAUCGCGCCACUGGCCAUCUCACCCAUCUAGUCGCUGUGGCUAGCUCUGACAUCCUGCAGGUGAGUCGGACGAGCCCGCCAUUUCGCGUUCCAUCGAAUCCAUUGCAUUCCCCAGGUUUAUAUCACUUCUCGCGCGCUGUCAGGUCGGGCCCCAGCUCGCCUACUGACUACUAUACUCCGUGAUCUCCCUGAUCUGACCGUUGCCAGCCAGUCCCGGCCGGCUGCCGCAUGGAUGCCUCGCCCUAAUCUCAAGCGACCCCGGCGCCCCUGGUGCAUUGCCAUUGCUAUUGCCAUAGCCCUUGUGGUGAUCAUUGUGAUAGUCGUGCCAUGCGCCGUAAUCUUGACGCGCAAAAAUCACGGCAAGAAGACCAACGUCUUGUUCCCCUUGUAUAUCUGGCCCACCAACGACACGACCUGGGAUCCUCUAUAUGAUUCCGUCACCGCCCACCCGGACCUAAACUUCACCAUCAUCAUCAACCCAUCCAGCGGACCUGGGUCCACCGCCUACCCCUCAGACGAAUAUGCCUCCCAAGUCGAACGACUGGGAACGUACUCCAACGUGCGAAAAGUCGGAUACGUCCGCACCGGGUACGCAACCCGCAACAUCACUGCGGUACUGGACGAAGUCGCCACCUACGCCGGGUGGUCCAACGAAUCCCUCACGCUGGCCAUGGACGGGAUCUUCUUCGACGAAGCACCGUACGACUACUCCGCCACGAAAGUCGAAUACAUGAACACCAUCAACGCAGCCGUGAAGAACUCCUCCGGCCUGAGCGGGGAUCGGAUGGUGAUCCACAACCCCGGCACGAUCCCGGAUACCCGCUACGACAGCACCACCACCGACCUCACCGUCGUCUUCGAGAGUACCUACCAGGAUUACUUCUCCGUCCGCCAUGGCCUGAACGCCCUGAGUGCCGAUCGCACCGGCUACGCAUACAUGCUACACGCGGUGCCUGACAAUCUGAGCAACAGCACGUUGCGGAAAUUGGUCGAUCAGAUGAGCCGAAAGGCCGAGUAUCUGUUCCUGACCACGUUGAGCGAGGAUUACUAUGAGAGUUUUGAUCCCGAGGGGGCGACGAUUGCCGAUUUGAUGCCGACUAGAAUCACUAGCUACCCCCAGCUGGAGUUCCUGGUGAUCGUCAACCCCAACAGUGGGCCCGGUGCCUUGCCGUCCCCUGAUGCCAACUAUACGCGCGAGGUGGCUCGCUUGAACGCCUAUCCCAAUGUCUACACCGUCGGCUACAUCCGCAUCGACUACUGCCGCAAGCCAUUGGCCGCCGCCUGCGACGAGAUCGAUCGCUAUGCCAGUUGGGCCGUCGACCAUGCCACCACGGGGCUAGGCGUCGGCGGCAUCAUGGUCGAUGAGACGCCCAACCACCACGACGCCGCCCAGGCCCAGUACCUCUGCGCCCUUCGCGAUCACAUCAAGGCCUCCCCGGGCCUCCUCCGCGAUCGAUUGGUCGUACACAACCCGGGCACGCCCCCGGACGCCGAGAUGGCCGAUGCAGGCCCGGAUCUGAUUUUCGUGUGCGAGGAGCCAUAUGCUCGGUAUCGCACCAAUGAGGUCCAGCAUCGGCUGCGCGAGCUGCACUAUCAUCGUGACCGAUGCGGCUACAUGGUCACCGAAGUGCCGUGCCAGGAGAUCCCCGCCCUGGUCCGCGAUCUGCGCCAUCGCGCAACCUACAUCUUUGUCACGGAGAUCGUCGGCGACUUUUAUGAGCGCUUCGGACCAACCAGUUGGGGGGCGAUGAUGGAGGCGUUAGUGGAGGCCGAGGAGACGGCGAAGACGGAAUGACUAAAAGAAACCACAGGCAACGGGACCAGGGAAACAGGAAAAAGCAGGGGAAAGUGGAACAGGAACCCGUGGAGACGCUGGCUUCGACGUGUCGUGAGUGUGAAGCACUAAAUUAGGGCGCACGCAAGGGCCGCUCCGAAUGGCCAAUUUCCGCUUAGCGCUUAUCGGAAGCUGGGAUUGCCGGGUGCCUUGAUUAAAAGCAUGUCGAGCGUUCUGGAAUCACCCACUUAGCUUAGGGGACUAGUGCAGCUUACAGAAGAUGAAUCCAACCUUG